UUCACCGGUUUAAUGUCAUAACAAUAUUACAGAUAAUUGUCAUCAUCGUCCUCAUCAUCAACAGUAUUACAAUUAUAAUUAAUAUAUUAUCAUCAUCAUUAGUAUUAAUUGAGGUGGGAUCACCUUUGGGAUGCUUAAUGAAUCAAGAUAUCGGCACAAAGUCAUUUUUUGUUACCUGACAAACAUUUUCAACUUCAUCUUCAUCAUUUGUUACGAUAACUUUUGUUUCUUGUUCCAAUCAUUUUGUAACUUUGUUCAUACCUGAUUUUUUGUUUAAUUUACUCACAAUUAACAAACUCACCAAUCAAUUGAUUAGCUGUGUUUUCAAUUGUUUCCAAGUUUUUUUUUUGUUUUAAUUAACUUCUUGUGUCCAUUAUGAUUUAAGUUUUCAUAUUUACUAUUUUUUGUAUCUCAUUUACCAAACAAUUAAGUUGAUCAUCUUGAAAAAAAAGCGGCAACAUUUAGAUAUUGUUUUUUUUAAUUCUCUAAUUGUUUGAACAAUUAAUUUCAGACCAUCGACAAUCAAAUCAUCCUGUUGCCUCCAUUGAAUAUGUGUGUUUUUGAUCCUUCAUCAUUAACACUAUGUAGUCCAUUGGUACCGAUAACUGUAGCCUACUCACCGAUUGCUACAUCAACUGCCCUUUGUCCAGCCUUACCCACCCUUCCAACACAUCAUCAUCAUCAUCAUCUUUCACCAUUACCCACACACCAUCAUCACCAUCACCACUUAACCCCAACCUUAACCACCACCCCUCAACCUGCCCAAUCACAACCUCCACCACCACCACAACAACAACAACCAUCACUUGUCACCGCAUCGGUGACCACAACCCAAGUGGUAACAACAACAUCGCCCUCACCACAACAGCCCCAACAGCAGCAGCAACAACAACAACAACAACAGUCACAACAAACAACGAUAACUACACUGCCCCUACCACCUCCACCACCCACACUCUCUCUCAUACCUCCACCCACAAGUACAACUGGUUAUUAUAUUCAAGCACCACCACCACCACCACAAAUCACAACAACAACAACCUCACCAAUCAAUGGAUGUCCACCAUUAAUUAAACCUUCACCAUGGAAUCAAUCAUAUGGUAUGGAGCACGUUUGGAUGGCUCAUUUUACAUCGUUAUUUAAAUCGUACCCACACCAAUGGUGUUUGAUGCCGGUCGAAUCGCGACCCUUGGGUGGUAACUUUUCCACCUUUGUGGACUCGGCGAAGGUGCGAUUCUGUUGCGAGGAUUGUGGCCAUGGAUGGACAUCAAUGAAGGGCCGAGUAGCCUUUUGGUUUGACCUAACCAAUUAUGCAGGAUACCCUCAGGGGUUAGUUGCAUUCAAAUUAUUUGGUCAACAAUGUCAAAAGUGUAAAGCUGAAAUCUAUGAGCCACCAAUGUGGUAUCCAGAGGAAGUAUUCAAGGUACUGGUUAAUCUUUUCAAUAGAGUGGGUCAAAACUAUUAUGGUUUCUAUUAUCCACCAUUGGAGAAAACCCGUCGACCUGGUAAGCCUCGAACUCCGCAUAAUAGUACUUUAUGUCAAGCAUGUAAAGAUGGAGUUUGUACUAAUCGAAAAUGAUAAUUAAACUGUAAAUCGAAAAUGGUUAACGAAAAAUGAUUCCGUCCAACGAUUUCACCACGAAACACAAUUAUCGUCACCAUCGCCGUUAUAUUUACAUCUAAUGAAUUAAUUUAGUAAAAGUUCAAUUUAGUUUGUUAAAUUUUCACAACAAUUUACUGCAAGAUCUUCAUACUCUCACCUUUACAUUGGACUGAUUGGGUUGAUUUAACAAUUUAAUGAUAAACAAUCAACCAAUCGAAUAAGAAUCAUCAACUACUUUGCAAUUCAUCAUCAAUUUAACUAAAAAAAACUUGAUCCAUUUGAUUUUAAAACCAUGAUCAUUGUGGAUUAAUCUCAUAAUUAUUAUUAUCACAACAACAUUUAAUAUUUAAUCAAUUGUUCAAUUCUUAAUUAUCACUGUCAAUGUUUCUCUCUCUCAACCAUAAAAAUUAAUUGUUGGAUUUAGUUAUCACAAUUUACAUUAUUUAUCAAAUUUUGUUUCAAUUUUACAUAAAUAUUAUCACAAUUUACAAAUUAUUUGACAUUAAUUGCUUCAUUUCAAGGUCGAUUAAUGGUCAGGAUCAAAGGUUUUCAACUCGGCAUUUGGUUACUGGCAGUUAAAAAUAAUGAAUAAACCCAAUGAACUUUAGGAUUUGGCUGAAUAUCACCUAACCCUUUCGCCAUAAAUGAAUUUAACUGUCCAUCAAGCGAUUCCCAUAAAUCUAAAAUGACUUGAUCAUAAACUGCUCGGAAAUUAUUUAUAAUAAGUUUCCCAAUCCAACUAGAUUUGUGGUCAAUCGAAUCAAAAGUCAAUCGAUUUCAGUGCAUAUCGUAAAAAGAUAAUCGGUCAAAAAAACAGUUAAAGCCAAAAUCGCUUCAGCCACUUGCGAUUUCGGAGAGUCACCUGUUGACUUAGGAAGUACAGAGAAAUACAGAAACCUAUGGCCAAAAAAGAUGAGACUCUUCAAAAAAAUCGUCAUAAAUUAGUCGAGUUGAAUUUCCCAUUGAUACCCAUACUAAUUUCAUAAUGGAGAGAAAGGUUUCCAAAAAAAACGAAAAAACCUCAAAUUUGAUGUUCCAUUAUCUUCACUGUCACUUAAUAUACGAACUUGAAACGACCAGUUCUAGAUCACGAACUUUUCAUUAAAGCUAGUUUCAUUUACAUUGGA